AGGCGGAAUCUGCUAGUUCUAUCUUUGUAAAACAUUAUCCUCUGCUGCAGCACCAUGUUUUUUAGCUUUUUAACAGUCAUAUAUUACUUGAUGCACAGUGCAUCAAGUCUGAUUCCUCUUCUCAUCAACUUCUGAUGGAAUUUGGUCUUUAUUUUAGAACUGUGCCUGACUGUUUUAGUGUGUAUGUGUGUAAACCUGUGACCAUUGUAAUCUAAUAUGUUGUUUAUUCUGUUGUCCUGCAUGCUUGCCAGUGGAUUAUAAAGGUGGGAAUAGCUAUAUAAUUUCACCCUGCUCCUCUGUAAAUAGUCGAUCAAGUCUUGCCAGUAAUGCAAUAGGUAACCAAUGUAAGAGUAAGAAGCCUCUAUCUGCUGCCAAAGCCUGCAUACCCCAAAUCCUGCCCUCUAAGUUUAAGCCCAAACUGCUGCCACCCUGUGGCAACAGUAAGGAAAGCAGGACUAAAGAUGCCAGGCACCCAAAGGCCCACAGCUGUGAGGAUAUCUACACGGGGCAAUGUGACACAGACUGUGCUGAAGCGGAGGCCCAACAUUCAGAUUCUAGGUCCAGCUGUGGGAGUGAGUGUGGCGAUGGUCUCAGAAAUGUUUCCCCUGCAAUUAGGAGAAGCGCAUCAGAUUUUUCCAGCCUGUACAGGACCAUGCAUCACAUCCAGCGGCCCAGCUCGACCGGCUGCAGUCCACACGGCAGUGUCCGUAGCCUGACCUCGCUUUUUGAAAAACCAAAGGCCAACGGGGAUGAGAGGUCAGAGGCAGAUGAUGGGGGUAGCAUUCCACGGGAUACUGUAUCCUCACGGGUCAACGAGUUUGAAAUGAUUAUCCAGCGCUCCACCUCGGCUCCAAGCCGCUCCUCCUCCUUGCCCAUCCUGCACUCCAGCCGCAGCCACAGCCCCAGCCACAGCCCCAGCCACAGCCCUGCCCACCUCUACAUGGCCUCUGCAGUGUCGGCGGAGUCCCUUUUAGUGGCCAACAACACGCAGGCUGAUGUCUGCAACCUGGACGAGCAGGAGGGCAAGAGUUCUGGGGAGGAGGACAUGUCACCAGAAAGUGUGAUGGUGGAGGAGGCUGCUUCUUCCACAGAGGACAGACAUGACAGCAGAACUGAAUCCCCCUGUAACACAGAAGCAGAAGUUGAACAAAUCCUGAGAGAAAUUUCCCCAGAACUAAAUCACCAAAACAUCAGUGAAUCAAAGAGCCCCUCAGUGAUGCUUACAGCAUCUCCUCCGCAACACAACCAUCUCCACCAUCACCACCACCACCUCCUACACCACUUGAACAAUCAACUCCUCCUCAAACCCAGCAAAUGCAAAGGCUCUUGCCCAGCUUCCUACACCCGCUUUACCACUAUCCUCAGGCAUGAGAGGCAGCAGGCCACGAACCAGCAGGAGAAGCAGCCACCCACAGAGAAGAAGACCACACUACCCGGAAACCUCUUCCUCAUGGGCCCUGCUCCCUUCAGGUUACGGAAGAACCCACAAUCCCAUCAGACUCGGAGGAUGUUGUUAGCCACCAGGGUGCCAGCGGGCACCCAGAGGCCUAUCAGUCUCUCGCCUGAGCUCAGACCUUCCAUCCCUCAGCGUCUGUCCUCCCUGGAGGUUCUGGAGAGGCUGAGUAACGGAGAGGAAAACAACACUGGCUACCUGAGUAACGGGCAGGGCUUGGACGCCAACGGGAACCUACUGCAGCCGCUGGCAGCUCACCGCAGAGCAAUGCCGCCACCUUCCAUCUCAAGUCUGUGUGGUGUGUUUACAAAGUGACAGGGAACUCUCCAUUUCAUUCUGAGUGUGCUGUUCGGUGCCCUUCCAUUUCACUGUCAAUGAGUAUGGUCCCACAAAUGCAUCAAAACACUUCAGUGACUGUAGGGGAGGUUCAGGAAGCUUUUGGUAAUGUAUAUAAUCCCUGGACAUCAGAUUUGAGUUGUUUGCAUGCUGUGUAGGUCUGCAUAGGCAUUACAUCGAAAACAAGCAGUAUUUUAUUAUAUUAUGCGAUGUAAUGUAAUACUUUGAAUGCAUUACCUUGCAUUGAAAUGCACAUCCUACUAUGUAAAAGCGACAUUUUUAGGAAUUGACUCUGAUAUUUAGGCAUUUAACAGAGCAAAGGCUUUCUCAAACUGAUGGCUUAUUGUGUCCAUUUUUGUACCCUCUCUGCUUUUUGGGACUGUCCACAUCUACCAUGUUUCAUUCCUUAGCCUGUCAGGAUGUUUCCUGCUUUAACUUAUCUCAUAUAACAGACGCUACUCUGAGCAUCUGAUAGAAACCCUGAAGCAUUAACAGCUGUUUCUUGUGGCCCUCAUUCGGACACAAAAUGAAACAUCUAUGGUGGUAUGGCGGUUUUAGCAAUACUUACAAUACUGGAUUCUUUAGUAAAAUAGUGGAUGCUGGUUGGUUGAUCAACAUCGGUAAAGUCAUGAUGUCACCUUAUUUAUUUUGACCAUGACACAAUAGGUUACAUUGUUUCUUUCCUGCAUUUCUUUUUUCUUUGUCAUGAACACACAUUGGGUCAUUCUGUGUUCAUUCCUACGUGCAUGCAGGAUUUUCUUUUUUUAAUGUGCGUGUGCUGUUUGUUUUAGUGGUGCAAAAAUAAAAGAUGUUUAUUUAAAUCAUGCAUGGUUAUAUUUUUUGUAUAGUUUUGAGAUUCUUUCACUUUGAGAGUUUUCUGCAAUAUCAUCUUCUUUUGUUUGAAAGUUGGCCUUGAGGUGGUCAGUGAGAACGCUUCACGGGA